CGAUUCAUAUAUGGAAUUAAAAAGUAUGAGCACGUUUCACACAAAUUGAAGGAAUUAAAUUGGCUAAACAUGGAGAAGAUUGCGCUCUCUGUAAAAUUCACCUGUAAUACUGAUUUAGGGAUUGCAACCAUACCUUGAGACUACAUUUCUGAAACAUUGAUAUUUGAUAUACUUUUCAGUUCUUUCUAUUACAAGAGAAGCACAUUUGUAAGACAAGAUACAACCUACAUAUUUCAUCGCUAUCUCAAGGCAAUCACAUCACGAAUACUCAACUGCAGGCUGUGAUACUACAGCUAAGAACCUUUCCCAUUCCCACAAACACACAUCUUUGACUGGACACAACAUGGUAUUUUGUAAAAUUAACAGGUUGAAAAUCUAAGGUGAUCAUGAGAGCGUUCGGAACAAGAUAUGGACAGAGAUUGUGAAAGGCUUUCUACUGAAGAAGAUGAGACAUCGAACGGCGCUUCUACAGGAAAAACUUUUCAAAUGGUUUGUGUGGACUGUGCAAAAUGAAAAAAUAACUUGGGAAAACCUACUGCACGUUUCCAGAAUAUUACUUUCACGUUAAUUUCUAAUCUAUAUAAGUAUUCUGU